AUGGACAUCGGAUAUGGGUGCUUCGUAAUAAGAUUCGAAGAUCGCAAAGACUACUUACAUGUUCUACUUGAUGGACCAUGGAAGGUCUUUGAUAAUUACCUUGUGGUUCAAAGAUGGGAACCAAAGUUCAAGCCAAGAACAACAAAGCUUUCAAAAAUGGCAGUGUGGGUCAGAUUGUCGAACCUCUACCCAGAGUAUUUCAGGGACGAUGUUGUUAAAAUGAUCCUCGAAAACAUUGGAAAACCUCUUAAAUUCGACAGAACGACGGCAGCACGAGAAAGAGGGCGUUUCGCGAGAGCAGCAGUAGAGGUAGACCUGGACAAACCACUGGUGACCGAAAUUUGGGUGGAGAAUGAGAUCCAAUUUGUGGAGUAUGAAGGGUUACACGUCGUGUGUUUUGGGUGUGGCUUGGUUGGUCACAGGGAACAAACCUAUCCGCUCAAUAAGGCGAAGACGUUCGAAACAUCAAGUAUGGACUUGAAUGCCACACCGGAAGCAGAACAUGAUGAGCCGCAGCAACCGACUCCUGCGACACAGACGGGAGAGAUGAAUUCGUCUCCCCAAAAUGUUGAUACAAUUCCUGAAAAACGUCCCUUGGGUUCAUGGAUACUCGUUACCAGGAAAAAGAAACCGAGUGGACAGACCAAUGACCAUCGCCAUGACAAGAACCAGACUCCGAAGACACGCAAUAAUGCCAACCGCUAUGAGGUGUUGGGAGGGAGGGCUGGCUCUCAGAACGCUAACCGCAAUAACUCUAAAGGAAAAGGUAAGGCUCCCAUUAAUGAUGAAACAAGAGUUAAUCCUGUCCCCGUGUCUUCGCAGGUGGCUCGUGGAGUGGCAAAUCCCAGAACAAAUUUGAAUAACCCCAAUGCCUCAAGACCGCCUAAUGCGAUCGCCUCCAGUUCGAGACAGCAGAAUAUCAAAAGGGGAGGCAUGUAUUCCCAGGGACGUGGCAUGCACAGAGGUGGGGGAAGUGGAGGGCGUUCGGCAGCUCCAGACGGUCGUAUGAACAAUGCUUGGCUUAAUCAGAAUUCAUCGGCUGGUGUGUUUACGUUCGGCCGUACGCAGUCAGCACCGAACUCCCAACGUAGUAAUAAUCAAGGCGCUAAUGGUCUUGAGACUCCGAAUGGUUCCACGCCUGGAGAGGGCGUUCGUCAAACCUCUUCGUCCGCCGUGGGUGAUCAAUGA